CUAUGGAGGUGGGUGAAGGUAGCAGUUCUAGAGGCCGGCCAAAAAGGCCGCGGAUCAGAAAAACUGAAGUCAUCAGUUACGAGAAAAGCGUCGUCCAACUGUCAAGAGAAGGGAGACAGACGCAUUUGGUUGUGGACCGAGCUCGUAAGACGCCAUUGAACACUCGUGGUAGAUCUUACUCUACUGUCUUUGAUAAUACCUCUCCUCAAUACAACUGGCUUCGCGAUGGCUGGCUCGUUGAGGAGCGUCGCAUAAUGCUGACCGGCCGACUUUACCGAUACUAUUACGAUCCACUGGGACAAGUAUACGGUACAAGGCAUGAAGUGGAGCAGAUAUGCGCAUACAUUGACAGGAAUAAGAACAGAAAGAAGCGCGAGGUCAUCAUCAUCGACUAA